AGCAGCAAUAGGUUUGUGCGCACACAGCAACCACCCCGUCCACCCAGGACCCGCCCGAGAGCGUUUGCUGCCUGCUGGUAUGUGCCUCUUCCCACCUCCCCUGCAGCUAAAAGCUUGUCAGCCCGGAGAGGGUAGGCCAGUAAUGGUGGGUGGGAGCCUCAGGGCCAAGGCUGGGAGAAGGAGGGAAGGUGGCUAGACUGAAACUUAGGUGGCUAGGCAGACAAGAUCAUGUCGGGGAGCUGUGACCCCAGCACUGGCCAGAGAUCCCAGAGUCCUCACUCCUGGUCUGGGGACCGAACCUGCCGAACUGGGCCGCCCCGUCUCCCAUACGCACUCCUUGCACCUGGAGCCCGACCUAUCGGCUCGCGUCUCCGCCUCCUUGGCUUCACAAUCUCGCUGCUUGUCCCACCCUACCUGGACCUAGUAUUGGCUGCGAACGCGACUGCACCAUCCUUCUUGCUCGGCUCCGGAAGGCGCCCCGGAAGCCAUGGAGGUGCUGGUCCUGGCCGGAUACAGCGCGCAGAAAAAGGACGAGCUGAGCCUGGCGCACGGGGACGUGGUCCGGCAGGUGUGCAAUGGACCCGCACGGGGCUGGCUGCGUUGAGAGCUGGGGGGCCGUUGUGGCCUCUUCCCCGAGUGCCUGGUGCAGGAGAUCCCUGAGACUCUCCGCGGCUCGGGGGAGGCGCCGAAACCGCGCUGUGCGCGCCGCCGAGGUCACCCAGGCCGAAUCUCCGGGCCGCCAAAGAUGGUGCAAAGUGAACUUCAGCUACAGCCCGGAGCAGGCUGACGAGCUGAAGCUGCAAGCUGGGGAGAUUGUGGAAGUGAUAAAGGAGAUUGAGGACGGCUGGUGGCUGGGGAAGAAGAACGGGCAGCUGGGAGCCCUCCCAUCCAACUUUGUGGAGUUGCUGGACAGUGGGCCCCCAAGCCUUGGUAACCCAGACAUGCCUUCAAUCAGCCUUGGUCCCCAGCAGGCUCCCAAGCUGAGCAGCCUGACCUAUGACAGCCCUCCAGACUACCUGCGGACAGUCUCCCACCCUGAGACCUACAGGGUCCUGUUUGACUACCAUCCCGAGGCCCCAGAUGAGUUGGCGCUGCGGAGGGGGGACGAGGUGAAAGUACUGAGGAAGACCACAGAGGAUAAGGGCUGGUGGGAAGGAGAGUCUCAAGGCAGAAGAGGACUUUUCCCAGAUAACUUUGUGCUCCCACCACCCCCAAUCAAGAAGCUGGUCCCACGGAAAGUGGUAUCCCGGGAAUCAGCUCCUAUUAAGGAACCCAAAAAGAUGAUGCCCAGAACAGCCCUCCCUACGGUCAAGAAGCUGGUGACAGCCCCGACUGGGCCAAGCAAAGCCAACCCAUCUUGGACACCCAGCGGAGACAGUCAGAAGCGCCCUUCCCGAAACUGCAGCUCCAGCAGCAGUUUCCUCAGUGGGUGUCCAGGCCAGAGUGGCAGAAAGCGAGCCCAAACCCAGGCUUCACAGCAACACUCUGCAGCCGGUCAGGGCGAAGAGCAGAGCAGCCUUACAAAGGCCCCUCGUGUGAAUAAAACCCCAACUCUGGACAAGACCCCCGGCCUAGAGAAGACCCCAUCUCCGGAUAAGGCCGGCAGCCCAGAGAAGACCUCAUCUCUGGACAAUGCCCGCAGCCCGGAGAAGACCUUGUCUCCAGAUAAGGCCCCCACUCCAGAGGAAUCCCUAACUUCAGAUAAGGUCCCUAUCCUAGAGGAGACCUCAACGCUGGAGGACAAAGUUCCCAGACCAGACAGGGUCUUUUCUGUGCAUGAGGUCCCGGUCCCAGAAGUCCCACCUGGUCCAAAGAUGGCCCCUCCUGGGGACGAGGCCCACACCCUAGGAAAGGUCUUGACCACCAAACAGGUGCUCUCUGAAGAGGCCUCCACCCGAGACAACACUCAGUUCCAUCACUUCUCUCCGGAGGAAGCCCUGCUAAACGCCAGGUCUCUUGGGGCCAGUGGGGCUCAAUCCCAAGAGGAGGUUCACAUGCCAGAGGAGCAUCCCCUCUGCACGGUGAAACGUCCCCUGGAUAAGAGGGACAGCUCCCCUCUCCAGUCCGAGUCCGCGUCCAAGUCAGGGUCUACGCCUGCCCUUGAGAAGGCCCACCUCCGGGAAGAGGCUACCACUCUCCUGGAGUAGGCACCAGCGAAGGAUGAGGCUACCCCCAAAGAGGAGGUGUCCCCCGAAGAGGUAUCCCCUGCUCAGAAGAAUCCACAUCCUAUCGUGCUGACUCCAGAGCCCCAAAUGACUCCCACCCUCCACCCCUCGGCCCCGCAAAAUCUCACAGAUAGCAAAAGUGACAGAGACGACAUGAUGAGGAUAAAGGACGAGGUGGAGGCUUUAAGGAGGUCGCUGGAGCUGAUGGGGGUGCAGCUGGAAAAGAAGCUGACUGACAUCUGGGAGGAGCUGAAGAGCGAGAGAGAGAAGCGCGUGUUGCUGGAGGUUCAGAUGACACGGAGGACCCAGGAGUCCCGGAACCUGGGCUCCAUCCACGCGCAGACGCAGACGCAGACGCACUGAGGGUGGGCCCGGGAGGGACUACGGCGGGACCUGGAGUGAAGUCGGGCUCCGGCCACCCACGUCCUUGCACACGAUUUUGGGAAACGCAAGAAAGUAAACUCUGCCGUGUACGCGCGCCACGCCUCCCUGGUCCCUGCAGGGCGGGAUCUGCGCGGCGGGGCGGGGCUGGCGUUCUGCGCUCCCGUCCCUCCGCUUUCCUGGCAGCCGCUCCUGGGCACAUCUGGCCAACAUGUGGCUUCCAUUACCGUU